GGAGCGUGUGGUGGGCGUGGUUUGGUGAGCCCUAGAAGCACCUGUCUAUCUCCAAGCUGCGGGUCGAGACGAACGAUUGAGGGUCAGUUGGAAAACAAGGGGAAAAAGCAGCUUGUGCUGAUCAGUUCGCUUGCAUCACAUCGAGAUCAGCAUCCUAUGGGAUGAGUCGCUUAUAAAGGCUAAAAUGAUUCGCGACCACUGCGGCUUUCUGACAGAGUAGAGAAGUGCGCGUGCACCACAAGGAGGCCGGCGAGAUCUGAAGGUCCAGUGGUGUUGCGGCGGAUUCUCGUUGGCUUACGUUGCCCAGCUGUGCUCUGUGACCAGCACACACCCACCCCCUACAUCAUACCUCACGGUCAUCCUUGACUGCCGUAAUGGCAAAUGGAGGUUUAUCUGGUGGUGGAAACGUCAAUAGCAGCAGUAAACCGAGGAAUCUGGCAUCCUCUCUGGAGCUCGACUCAUCCCUGGAUCACAGUGUCCAGACCCGGAUAUUCAAGAUUAUAGUGAUCGGAGACUCGAACGUGGGAAAGACGUGCCUCAGCUUCCGCUUCACCGGGGGAAGCUUUCCUGAUAAAACGGAGGCUACUAUAGGUGUUGACUUCAGGGAAAAAACGGUCGAAAUAGAAGGGGAAAAAAUCAAGGUACAAGUGUGGGACACAGCAGGUCAAGAGCGAUUUCGCAAGAGCAUGGUGGAGCAUUACUACCGCAACGUACAUGCUGUGGUCUUUGUGUACGAUGUCACAAAGAUGGCUUCCUUCGAGAACCUCAAGACCUGGAUCCAGGAGUGUAAUGGCCAUCACGUUUCACCCUGUGUGCCUCGUGUGCUGGUGGGCAACAAGUGUGACCUAGUGGACCAAAUCCAGGUACCCUCCAACAUGGCCCUCAAGUUUGCUGACUCCCACAACAUGCUGCUUUUCGAGACUUCUGCCAAAGACCCCAAGGAGAGCCAAAACGUAGAGUCCAUUUUCAUGUGCCUAGCUUGCCGUCUAAAGGCUCAGAAGUCUCUGUUGUAUAGAGAUGUGGAGAGGCAAGAGGGCAAAGUGAAGCUCAGUGAUGAAUCGACCAUCAAGAACGCCUGUCCGUGCUGAGGAUGGAUGGUCUAGAGUUUUUAGAUAACAAGAAUGUGCCUGCAUUGUGUUGCUGACUUGAUCCAAUCAAACCGCUUUUACAAUCCUUUUUUUUUUAAUUAUUAUUAUUUUUAAAUUUCCAUUUCCUGUCUGCAAGUGAUAUUGAUCCCUUUGUUCUGUUCUUGGAGAGUUCCCUUUUUAAAGUGAUUGCUGAAAGCCAAGGCGGCUGCUGUCCAUUUGUUUUCUUUCACUACAACUUUGGGCAUCCUGCCCAAGAAUGGAUUUUUUUUCCAUUUCAGAAAUGCUUGAUGUAAAUCACGUGGAUCCGACAACUGUGCUUUUAACCUUUUUAUGAAUGGGAUUGAUUUGGUAUACCUCUUGCUUUUCAAGAGAAGUGAUGCUUUCAUUUUGUUUUUUCGAUUGUUACGUUACAUCACUUUGUGUGGGUUCAAUAUAAAUUUAAUAAAAAAACAAAAUGACUUAC